AGUCACAUCUCAUCCAGCGGCGUUCUGGAAUAACAACUCCAACUGGAUACCUUAUAGACUGGAAAGAUGAGAGACGUAAUAUUGAUUCUACUACUUGGUUUGACGGCAGUUCUAGCAGCAGAAACAACCAAACAUGAAUCCAAAGAGAAACGACAAGUUAUCUUCAAAGCUCCAGCUAAAUUACAAAAAUCCGAAAAAAAUUCAAAAGAGAAAAGACAAGGAAUUCCAGGAUUGCCCGAGAUUCCUGGUAUGCCAGAAGUGCCAGGAAUGCCUGAGAUUCCCGGCAUGCCAGAAAUUCCCGGAAUGCCUCAAGUGCCAGGUAUGCCACAAAUACCAGGUAUGCCACAAAUACCAGGUAUGCCACAGAUACCAGGAAUGCCACAAAUACCAGGAUUUCCUGGAAGCGCAAGUAAAUCACUAAAAUACGAAAGACGUUCAAAAGAAAAGAGACAAGGAAUCCCAGGAUUGCCCGAAAUUCCAGGUAUGCCAGAAGUGCCAGGAAUGCCCGAAAUUCCCGGCAUGCCAGAAAUUCCCGGAAUGCCUCAGGUCCCAGGUAUGCCACAAAUACCAGGAAUGCCGCAAAUACCAGGAAUGCCACAAAUACCAGGAAUGCCACAGAUACCAGGAUUUCCUGGAAGCCCAAGUAAAUCACAGAAGUACGAAAGAAGUCCAAAAGAAAAGAGACAAGGAAUUCCAGGACUGCCAGGAAUGCCCGAGAUUCCAGGUAUGCCCGAGAUCCCCGGCAUGCCAGAAAUUCCUGGAAUGCCUCAAGUUCCAGGUAUGCCACAGAUACCAGGUAUGCCACAAAUACCAGGAAUGCCGCAAAUACCAGGAUUUCCACAAAUACCAGGAUUUCCUGGAAGCCCAAGUAAAUCACAAAAGUCCGAAAGAAGUUCUAAAGAAAAGAGACAAGGAAUUCCAGGAUUACCAGGAAUGCCCGAAAUUCCAGGUAUGCCGGAAGUCCCAGGAAUGCCAGAGAUUCCUGGCAUGCCAGAAAUUCCAGGAAUGCCUCAAGUUCCAGGAAUGCCACAAAUACCAGGAAUGCCUCAAAUACCAGGAAUGCCUCAAAUACCAGGAUUUCCUGGAAGCCCAAGAAAAACACAGAAGUCUGAUGAAAAUUCGAAAAGGAAAAGACAAGGAAUUCCUGAAAUGCCUGAUAUGCCUGGGGUGCCCGAUGUGCCAGAAAAGCCAGAUGUGCCAGAACAGCCAGAUGUGCCAGGAAAGCCUGAUGUCCCAGGAAUGCCAGAUGUCCCAGGAAUGCCAGAUGUUCCAGGAAUGCCAGAUGUCCCAGGAAUGCCUCAAGUGCCUUGAACGCCACAGAGCACAGGUUUCUCUGGAUCCCCAAAUAAAUCUGCUUAGUUGGCAUUUGGUGAGAGACGUCUACAUGAACUAUUUAUUGAUACUCCAACUAAUUUAUUGUGAAAGCUUGAGUAUUUGGUUAUAUUUUAAACUGAACGGGAGUAAAUAAAUUAAUAUGCAUUUUUAAAUCUUA